UUUGACGCGGACGUAAACAAACGUAGUUUAGCAAUCUAAACCUCGUUGUGACUAGAGAGAUUGUACUGUAGUACAAUGCGUUUCUCUGCCGCCUAGAUCUAGAACGAUCUGAUAUCCGGUAACAGGACCUGGCGUUUUGUUAGGAGCUUUACUUGAGAAGAUCUCAGCUCAACAAUGUCUACUUCAAAUUUCAAGAAUAAGUGUGUGACGCAAGUCAACUGUAUAUACUGUGACAGUCUGCUGUGCAUGAGAGGAAUGAAAGCAGUACUUUUGGCUGAUACGGAAAUAGAGUUGUUCUCAACCGACAUACCACCAAAUAGGACAGUUGAUUUUGUGGCAAGCUGCUAUUCCACUGAAAGCUGCAAAUGCAAAUUAAGAGACAUUGCUUGUUUGAAAUGUGGGAAUGUUGUGGGAUAUCACGUGGUGGCCCCAUGCAAGCCCUGCUUGCUGUCCUGCAACAAUGGUCAUUUCUGGAUGUUCAACAGUGAGGCUGUGUCCACUAUCAAUAGACUGGAUGCAACAGGGCAGAACCUGCUGCUGUGGGGAGAUCUUCCAGAACUGGAGGGCAGUGAUGACGAGAGCCUGGACUGUCUCUCAGAAGAAGAGUACCUCAGAUAGAAACACACAUGUCUAAAGGAAGUAGACUCUGACGGUAGCGAAAAAGUUUACUUUCACUCACAUAAAUCUCCGUUUAAAGCACAUUGUCUUCUCUUUAGCUGACUGGGAAUAGGCAAAAGGA